AUCUGCAGAAUAGUUAUUCCUGGCUGUGCCGAAAUGAAUAUUAAUAACUGCAUUCAUCAAAAGGACAGCACAGGAAUGGUGUUUUAUUUGAAAUAUAGCAAAUGAUGGAUGCAGGAUAGGGGACUGAGAAAUCAAGAAUGAGAACUGCAAGUGUAACAAGUGCUGCUGGUAGCGGGUCAGGGGAAUGAGAAAUCCUGAAUGAGAGAUGCGUGCUUCGUAGGUCAUGCAGUUUUGGAUCCUAAAUGGCUGUCAACAGUUAAGAUAUUCCGAAAUAGCAACACUUAUGAAACCAUUGAAUCUGCCCUCACUGAAUGUACCCUCUUCCUCAAUGUAGUGGGAUAUCGGAGUUGGUAUUUUUAAGUAGCGGGGUGGGAGGUGCAGAGGGGCUUGCCUUAACCAUAAAAAGGAUUAGUACUUGUUUCUCUUUACGCAGUAAAGCUGCUACUUUUGGUGUUGGGAUCUUGCAACCAAACACAAAAAAUGACAAAUGACCUAAGAUCUGAGGAAAAAAAUGUUUCUUGGGUUUCCUCUAGAAGUUGCAUAAAACAUUUAUUUUGUAUCUAAAACGCUUCGAUAUUACGUGAAGCGACAUAAUCUACUCAAAGUCCACAAGGAUGAGUAUAAAGUGAAGCUCGGACAUUUGCGCUAGCUAUUAACUACACUUUAUCCUGAAGAAUCUCUAAUUUCUGAAAAAAAAAUAUGACUUAUUUUGGACAUUUUAAAAAAGAGAAUCGAGCACACGCUUGCCGGGUUCUAAAAACAUUCGCGAAACGUCAAAGACAGCGGUCAGACACUAGACAUCCAUUAGCAUGCUUGAUAUGUCAAAGCCACCGUAUUACGUUGUUUUGCGGGUGAAAGAGCUUGCUCCCGGAAGUGAUCUCUCUUUUCUUUCUGCAUGUCUGUAGCGGUGGGUUGGUACUGUAAUUGCCGAUAAAGUGCUGAAAUGCCUCGCAAAAUUGAAGAGAUCAAAGACUUCCUGUUAACAGCCAGGAGGAAAGAUGCCAAAUCUGUUAAGAUUAAGAAGAACAAAGACAACGUCAAAUUCAAAGUGCGUUGCAGUAGAUUCCUGUACACACUGGUUAUUACAGACAAGGAAAAGGCUGAGAAACUGAAGCAGUCUUUACCUCCAGGUUUGGCUGUGAAAGACCUGAAGUAAUCCUGAUGUGUACAGAAAUAAAAGUAUAAUAAAAUAUGUAAAAACAA